AUGUUGGAGGCGCCGGUGGUGAAGUUGAGUCAGAAAGAGAAAGAGGAAGUGGAGGAGGAUGGGGUUGUGAAUGGUGGGGUCAUCAUGCCCAAACUUGGGAACGAGACCAUAAAAGCCGAACUCGGUCGCGCAUCAUGGAAGCUCUUCCACACAAUGCUCGCCCGCUUCCCCGAAUCCCCAACCCUCGACGAACGCACAGCCCUGUCAACCUACCUCCACCUCUUCUCCCGCCUCUACCCUUGCGGCGACUGCGCAACCCACUUCCAAUCCAUCCUCGCCCUCUACCCACCCCAAACCUCGAGUAGAGAGACAGCGAGUCAGUGGGGGUGUUUUGUGCAUAAUCUGGUGAAUGAGAGGUUAGGGAAGGAUAUGUUUGAUUGUUUGAGUAUUGCGGAGAGGUACAAGUGUGGGUGUGAUGAGGAGGAGGGGGGUGAAGCCGAGCGGAAAGGCGAGGCUUUGACGGGUGGGACGGCUACGGUGAAGCAGGAGGAGACGGGGGAGGCGGUGAAGGACACGGAGACGGAGACGGAGAAGGAAGAGGUGAAGGAGGUUCAGACAGAGGAGCCAGUUGUCAAGAGUGAGCAACAAGAAGCCAAGGAGCACCUGGAAAACAUGGAGGUUGAGACGGAGGGGUUAACGGCGGGAGGAUAG